UCCAGAGAGUGAGGAUGCACAGCAGCGGUGAUAUGUGUCGAAUGAACAUCGGCUGAGUCCUUCUUUCGACUGUGAUUGACAAAGCCCUGCUAAUACUCUGUUCAUCAAGCCCUCAUAUACCAUUUUUUGAACCUGAACCCGUCGGGUUGAUCGGUACAAAUUGAAUCCAGACCAGGACUUUACGCAGACGUUACGUUUGGACAAUGGAAUCUAGCGUUAUGCCGGACAGUAUCCGCCCUCAGAGGCUACAGCCAGGCAUUGGAUUCGGUUCCGGACCGACCGGGACCCUGCGCUCCUCUCUCCGGCCCGGGGUUACGGUCCCCAUCGCGCCGCUGUUGCCCUCCCCGGCCUCUCUGGCCGCUUCGUCCGGGCCUCCUCCACCGCUGCCUCCGCUGCAGCUCCACAGCCUGUACGGCGGCAUCGGAGCGGGGCUGGGGGCCACCGGGCACUGUAACCCGGGGAACCCGGCGGUGCUGAAGGAGGCUGUGGAGGCGGUGGUCCGCAGCUUCGCCAAACACACGCAAGGUUACGGCAGAGUAAACGUGGUGGAAGCCUUACAGGAGUUCUGGCAGAUGAAGCUGACCAGAGGGGCCGACCUGCGGAACGGAGCUCUGGUUGUCUAUGAAAUGGUUCCAUCCAGCAGCCCUCCAUAUGUUUGCUAUGUCAGUCUUCCCGGGGGCAGCUGCUUUGGAAGUUUCCAGUUCUGUCCCACCAAGGCAGAGGCAAGACGCAGCGCUGCCAAGAUUGCUCUGAUGAACUCUGUUUUCAAUGAACAUCCCUCUCGACGCAUCACAGACGACUUCAUUGAGAAGAGCGUCAGUGAGGCCCUGGCCUCCUUCAAUGGAAACAGAGAAGAGGCUGACAAUCCCAACACAGGAAUUGGGGCUUUUCGCUUCAUGCUUGAGUCCAACAAAGGAAAAUCCAUGCUGGAGUUUCAGGAGCUGAUGACCGUGUUCCAGCUGCUGCACUGGAACGGGAGUCUCAAAGCCAUGAGAGAACGACAGUGUUCCCGACAGGAAGUGCUGGCUCACUAUUCCCACCGGGCUCUGGAUGAUGACAUGCGCACUCAGAUGGCCGCCGACUGGGUGAACCGAGAACAGAGUGUAGCGAGCACUAUUUCGCAGGAGGUGGCGUCGACGGAGCGAGAGCUGGAGGAUGCCAGGCUGGCGGGCAGAGAACUGCGUUUUUACAAAGAGAAGAAAGACAUCCUGAUGUUAGCUGUGGGCCAACUCAAUGCAGCCAACACGGCCACGCUGCCCUCACACUAAACCUGCCGUCCAUCGUGGAAACAUGCCUUCACACACUAGGAUUCCUGGUAACAGUAUUGAUUACUUCAUAGAUAUAAAGGCGCUUUUAGGUUUUGUAUCUUGUGGUUUUUUAUACGAGGACCAGGUAAUCAGGCCUUGACAUCCGUCCAUAACACCAACACAUGCCGCUGUAGGCGUUACCUCUUUGUGCCUAUAGUGAUUACAGGAUAACAGUGCUUUUUUUUAAACGACCUGGAAACUUGCUUUGCAUUCCACCUGACUGGGAUUUAUAUGUUUUUCAUGAUUCCAUACUGUAUUUACUCGAAGUAAACCUACAGAAAACAUGCAGCCUGCCUUUCAUCAGUGAAUGUAGGGGACAUAAGUUAAUAUGACCCAUCAAAUCAAAAAACAUUUGAUCAAUGUAGUUUGUUUCUUUCAUGUUUUGGGUGUUUACUUGUGUAUAGUAUUUUGGACUCUGGCAGGUAAAGGAGGUAAAAUGUAUGGGUCUUAAAACCUUACUGGCAAGUACCUUGUGUCCAUUAAUAAUCAGAAUAUUUGUAAAAUCACCACAAAAACAGCUAAAUCUGCAGCGGGAUUUAAGAUCCCACCUUAUAACCCUCCCUUCAUGUGGAAACUCUGCCUGUUGUAAUGAGAAUACAGUGGAAAUAUGUGGAAAUUGCAUUCUUAAAUAAUACCAGCAAUUCAAGUAAGCAUUUAAAACAUUGUUAUUGGCUUAUGUAAUAAUUUGUGGGUAUGUUGCUAAAAUGUCAGCAGGUGACUGACAGCAGCUCAGGUUUUUUGAAAAAUCAGAUAUUGAACCAUCACUAUGAUUUAUUUUUGUUCUUUUUGAAGACAUUUGACUAUUUCAAUGUGCAUUGUAUGCUUGGUGACCACGACACUAGCUGAAUGUAUAUUUUCAGUGUGCUAUCAACUAAAGGAUUUGCAAAGUGAUGCUGUUUAACAUUCAGACUAAAGAGUUAGUCUUGUGAUACAGGUUGUGUUGGUCAUGUGCUUCAUUUAGAGGAGUUCAAAUAGUUGUUUCUUGGGAAACUAAAAUGGAGGUCGGGAUCUCAGCGGAUACAAAGAAUAGAGGGGACUGGGGGUAAAAUGUGCAGGCCAAAAAAAUAGUUGAGGAAUCUUUUGCUUUAAACAAGCGGAUUCGUCAUGUGUGAGUCAUUGUGGUCCAUACAAAACACUACCAGCACUUGUGGUUUAUGUUUUUUUUUCACAUAUGGGAAGGAGAAUCUGUUAGCAGUGCUGGUGUAUAUCCACAGGCUGAACACAAUGUAUGUCACUCGCACUUAUCACCUUUUCAAAAGUGUAUUAUGUUGAAGGACCUGAUUUCGUAUACUGUAAAUGUGAUAUCUUUAUAUUUCUCUAUGUAUCUAAAAUGUAUUGAAUACAUUAUAUACGGAUGAAGGUAUUUCAGCGAGUAGCCUUUUGAGGACCCCAUAUAAUGGAAGUGAGAGUUUAAUUGAUAGUGUGUGGCUCUGGUUGGAUGGAAAUGUGGAAACUGAGUUAUGCAAGUUAAACAGCAGGAGGGCUCAUUCUCACCGCUGAAUGCUGGAUUGUCAACAGCAGAAACUGAUUACGCUAAAUUUGGGGAGACGGCAACUAGAAAACAAAGCAGCAGAAAUGAAGUACGAUUAAAGCCAGAUCCAAUUUUAUUAUUUUAUUGCCGUGUCUCUUCCCUGGGAUCAUUGUGCCUUCAUGAAGUUGGUUGGAUGUUAAGACUCAAAACUCAAAAGAUGAAUUCAUUACAUGAGGUCUUUAGAAGAUGUUCUACUCUGCUUUACAAUGUUUUUUGUAAUUGCAUGUAAAGUUAAAAUGAUGUAUUACAUGCUAUAUUACUAUUACAGUAAAGUUACUUCAAAGGAAUAGUUGGACAUUUGGGGAAAUUUGCUGAUUCAAUUUUUGGCGGAGAGUUAGAUGAGAAGAUUAAUACCAUUCUCAUAUCUGUGCUUUACGUAUAAUGCUGCAGCCAGCUAGCUUAACUUAGCUGACCUUAGCAUAACGGCAGGAUGUAUUCACCUAACUCUCCACCAGAAUGUUAGUAAGCAUUUUUGCCAAAAUGUCGAUCUAUUCCUUAAAUAUGUUACAUGAUAUUAGAUUAUGGAGGAUUUAUUAAAUCCUACUACCUUUUGGUAUACAUUUGUAAUCAUAUAUAUUGUUUGUUUGGUACUCAGCUUGCAGAAUAUGUGUGCAGCACAAAAUGUUUUAGUAAUUUCGUCUUCUUGGAAAAUACCAUGCAGCUCUCUUAAGUAAAUACUGAAAAUUUAAAAUAGACUUUUUAAUGAAUACAAUGAACACUUUGACGUCACAAUUCUGCAGCUUGAACCCUUUUAUCUGCUCCUGCUCCCAGAAUCUCAUCUGCAGAUACGUUUUCUACGCUCAUCAGUGUUUUUAUUGUCCCAUGAUCCAAUUUGGUUAGAUUUGAAAAGCUGAAAUACAAUUAUGGGGCUGGAGAUCUUGAAUUGUGUUUUGUGGUUUUUUUUGUAUGUUUUUUUUGCAUUUUUCUUCUACGUUAGAUGCUUAUUAUGUGUGUGAUUUUUAUUUUUUUAUUGUUACCACAAGCCAUUAAUCUCAGAGUUCUCUUCUUACAAAGGCUUUUGACUUUUCUUUGUGAUCAUUAUAUAUUAAGGCUUUUUAAACUAUUUUUUUUGCUAUCCCUUCUAUUAAAAAUACCUUUGGCUUUUAAUUUUUUGGCUUUGAUGCAUGAUAUGUCGAUUACGUUUAUGUUUUUAUAUGUUUUGUAUUCUAUACAGUAUUGUUUUAUAACAGUGUUUCUGAGGGCCCUUAUUGUAUGUAUUUUCUAUGAACAUUUUGUAUUCCAUGUUUAUACUUUUAGUAGAUUUAUAUGAUGUAAUAAAAUGGUUCAUACAAAUGUUUAUUAAUUGGUCAUAUUGCUUAUUUUACUGCGUUGUACACAACUAGGACCAAGUAACUCUAAA